CCCAAAAACAAACACUGCGUUUCCCUUUAAACCUUCUCUCCUUUCCCUGGAGUCUCGGAGUCAAGGUAGAAAAGAUUAUAACACUAAAACCGUGUAGGUCUCUCUCUUAAAGCCCUUGCUGUUUUUCUCUGUUAUCAGGAGACUUACAUGUCUCCUUCGCUUCAUCACUGUCUGUCAAAGCUAGCUUCUUAUCUUUAGAGUUUAGACUCUCACAGGAUGAAUUCGUGUUCAGUUGUAUAACUGCAUUUGUCAGAGAUAGAAAUGAAGGCAUGGCCAGAACCUUGUUACACAUGCAACGCCAGAUAAUAACAGCAGAAAUUAAUGGUCUUGCUUGUUACUACUCUACUUCCCCCUCAUCUUCCACUUCUUCUCCUUGUUCUUCAAUGGGAAUGAUCGAUAGAGACAUUGGUUCUCUUUGUCCCAAAUCUGGAAUGACACCACCUACCUCUUCUUUUCAUGAAAUGGAAAAUGGGAGGUUUACUUGGGGAUUUCCUUUCAUGGGAAACUAUCAUGCUAACAGUGAUACUGCUGUGGAGGUCAGGGUUUCUGAUAGCAGUGAUGGGUUCGGAGAGAACAAUGAGACUGUAAAUCACGAAGCUAACUCAUCUAAUGAAGAAAACCCAGAUGAAAAUAUGAUGAGUGGCAAGGAAACAGAAAGUGGGCAGUCAAAGCUUUGUACAAGAGGGCAUUGGAGGCCGGCAGAAGAUACCCAGCUGAAAAAACUCGUGGCUCUUUAUGGCCCUCAAAACUGGAACCUUAUAGCUGAGAAGUUAGAAGGUAGAUCAGGUAAGAGCUGUAGAUUAAGGUGGUUUAACCAGUUGGAUCCAAGGAUAAACAGAAAAGCUUUCACUGAAGAAGAAGAAGAGAGACUAAUGCAAGCUCAUAGACUUUAUGGCAACAAAUGGGCCAUGAUAGCAAGACUUUUCCCUGGAAGGACUGAUAACGCAGUCAAGAACCACUGGCAUGUCAUAAUGGCAAGAAAAUAUAGAGAACAAUCAAGUGCUUACAGGAGAAGGAGGCUAAGUCAAUCUGUCAACAGAAGAACGGAGGAAACUCCAAGCUUUGUCGGUAGAGAUGCAGGCAUGAAAACAGUACAACCACCAUAUUGUCCCAGCAUCUCCAGUGCUGGUGGACUAAACAAGUUAUCUCCUUGUCAAAUUGGAAACUUUAAUGGUGCUGGUCGCGGUGGGGUUGACUAUGGCUUAAAUGGAUCCCCUCACAUGACCAGUGGGGGAGAAGCAGUCUCAAGCAUUAAGGUUCCUCAAAGUGGGUUUUGUGCACAGCAGACACCUUUUGAUUUCUUCUCUGGUCCCAAAAGUAAUGACAUGAUGGGCAUGUUCAGCCAAACCAUAUCAUGGGAUAGGCCAAAUAAUGAACCCCGCAUUUCUGGUUUCUAUCCCCAACAACACCCUUCAUACAUUCUGACAAUGCAACAGUCAAACCACCAAUACCCUUAUUGCUUCUCAGACUCCACAGCGUCGACAUUACCUCAAGCAGUUUCAGCAAGUGAGCCUUCAUGUUCAUCCCCAUCAGUGGCAGAUCAGAGCAGAGUUAGCGGCCAUUCUGAGACCGUUCCACCACCAUUCAUCGACUUUCUCGGGGUAGGAGCCACAUGAAGUCAGAAGUGUAGCUAGAGAAAAAAGCUGUAAACCUUUUUUUUUUUGUGCAGAAAUCAUAUCAUAGAGAUGCUUAAUGUGGAUGUGCUCCAAUAUAACCGAGUGGCCAUUAGAGGAAAAAGAUAAAGGGAUUCUAGUGAAUUGUUGCAGUUGGAUGGCAGAAGAUAAAAAUCUGCAUUCGUCUGUUGCUGUCAUGUCACACCAGCACCCUAUUUUUGUUUUCUUUUUAGUGAAAUCUUCUGCUAAAGUGAAACAAAUAGAUCCGAUUAAGGAGUAUUAAUGUCA